UCGUGGUCGUGAAUAUCACGGCCAUAACAAACGAGUCUUCUCGACCAUCAUAUGUAUGCUCCGGAUCCGAAAGGCCUACCUCUUUUAAUCUAAGCCCCAGUAGGGCUGAGACGUUAAUCCAAUAAACAGGAUUGAGAUAUGGCAAUAAAGACAAUUCGACAUAAUCAAACAGCUAUACCUAUUCUCCAAUUCCCAUACAUGCUACCUAAUAUCACGUCUAGACGAAUAGAUACAAAAGUUCUUCCCCUCCAGUUUUUAACUACGGCAGAUGACAGGCUCCACUCCGCUAACAGGCUGAGAAGAUCAGAUCGUCUUGCAUUAACAUCGGAGAUGACCUUCCAUGGAUGUGAGCAGGGGUCAGAGGAAUAGUCGAGGGUUUAUUAACUCUCAGAACAUGGUCCACCAAGUCCUGGGCGGUUAGCCGAGAAAGAGUUCGGUUGGACCGGGUCGAGAAGAGCUCGGACUUCGCACCAUACCGUAUUUCUACCCUCUUAAAGAUCGGCGUCGUCGGCCCAGACUCAUUCGACUGAAGCCAUUCCAAUAGGUAGUGUAUUUACCGAGGCAGUCCUCCAAUAGUGUACAUGAGACAUUCCAGGAACACAAAGCCUUGGUGCUUCGUGCAACCACAAAGCAGAAUGGCCUAGUUAAUUAGAAACUUGUUUUCGAAUCGAAAUGGUUAACUGAAAGAAAAUCCAUCUUUAUAAUUACAAAUUUCGACCAAUGAAAAAAAGAGAAUACUAAAAAAUCACGUUCAUGCAAACGUCGAUCUUCAGUACUUAAUUAAGUCUCAAGUAAACGUCAAUAUAUACGUGCAUAUUCCGGAAAAUUCAACCCAACCGAUGCAGUACCUAUACCCCGGAAUUGAGGUUUCGGGUUCGAAUGAAGGUCGAGGGC